AUGAUCUCAGACAUCUUUAUUGAAUUUGAGUAAAGUUAUAAUGUCGAUCAGAAUUAGGCAGAUCAAAAUCACAGUCAUUUAGAUGAUUCUCACAAAAAAAGUACUGGUGGACCUGCUCGAUUUACUCAAAAAGUAGAUCCUUUGGAUGAAGGGGAUAACCCUAUCCAAUCACCUUCAAUUGGAAGUUAAAUCAUUGAAAACCCUUUGUCAUCAAGAUAGGAUAAACCUUUAGAACUUUAAAAAUUGUAGAUGUCCCAUCAAGAUGCCAUAAUCGAGGAAAACCCCUUGGUUUUAACAUCAAAACUCGAAAUAAAUAGAGAAUCAAAUGAUACUAAACUCAAGAACACAGCCCAAAUAAAUAAUCCUUCCUAGAUUAACAAUUUCUUGAAAUUGGUAAUUGCUAAAAGCUCGUUCAAUAGAUUUAUCGAGAAUUUAUUAUAAAAGUCAUAUGUGAAGAAAUCUCAUCAUUUUAGUGAUUACCAAAAAACUUUGAUGGAUGAUCUUAGAUAUUUAUAUUCACACAAAAGAGUCAAAAAAAAUUGCCUAUAAAAAAUAUGUAAACGUCUGAAAUUUUUCCCCAUAUUAGAUCAAAGCAGCAAUCUUGUCAUAGCAUGGCAAAUUCUGCACAUUCUAACCACAAUAAUGGUGUUUUUUUGGACUCCUUUUAACAUUUCAUUUGGUGUAACCUAUUAAUAAAAAGUGUUUGGGGAACUGACAGUAAAAAGUGUUGAAAAUUUUUUCCUCUUCAGCAUCCUGAUUGACAGUUUUAUUGUCAUUAAUACUUCCAUUAUUGAAAAAGGAGUGAUUAUUCGAUCGAGAAGGAAGAUUUUUAUAAAUUACCUAAAUAGUUAGGGAAUUUACGAUUUGGUAUAACAUUGUAAUCUAUAAAAGUUGUCAUUCGUAGCACUACUUGUUGGGAUCUAGAAUGAUACAGACAGUUCUCAUGAUAAAUUGGGAUGGCAAAUAUGUCCAUAUUUAAUUUAUUAUUGUAGCAGAUAAUUUAAGCUUUAGGAUAGAGUUCGUAAAUUAGAAGAGUAUAAAUAUAAUAUUUAAAUUAGAUUCUUUAAUUUUACAGGUUUAUAUUAAGAUUUCAUAGAAUUGAUUAAAUUGUUAUUCAUGGUGAUUUAUGUAGGACAUCUCUUUGCUUGUUUGUGGCAUGGGGUUGCAUUUUAUUAGUAGGGUCAUCGUUAAACAUGGAUAGACACCUAUGUUUAAGAUCCUGAUAUGUUCCAAAAAUAUAAUUAUGCAAUUUAUUGGGCUGUUUAAACUAUGAUUACUGUUGGAUACGGUGAUUUGACACCUUAGAAUCAAGCAGAGAGAAUUUGUGCAAAUUUUAGUAUGUUUUUGGCUUGCGGAGUUUUUGCCUUUUCUUUUAAUUCAAUAGGUUUGAUGCUCACCAAUCUAAAUUCUAGAUAAGUUCUAUAUAAGAAAAGUGUAAAUCUAUUGAAUUAAUAUUUAAUAAAAAAUCAAAUUCAGACUGAGUUGUAACAACGUAUUCGCAAUUAUUAUGAUUAUAUAUUCGCAGAGGAGCAGGAAAUAAAUGAUGAAGAGAUUUAACAGAUUAAAUCAAAGUUAUCAAAUAGUUUAUUGGAGGAACUGAAUUUUGAGAUUAGACACAAUGUAAUGAAGACAAAUACCUUACUAGCCAAAUUCUCUUAGAAAACCCUAAAAUUACUAUCUUUGGUGAUGGAAGAAGUAAGAUUUUCACCUGAGGAUUAAAUUAUUGUGUAAGAUACAAUUGAUGAUGCAGCUAUGUACAUGAUAACUAAAGGAACUAUUUCCAUCUAAUUUUAGGAUCUCAAUGAAGAGAGUAAUUGUAGAGAGUUAUCGUAUUUAAGCAAAGGAGAUUCUUUUGGAGAAUACGCUUUCUUUACAGGAAUGCCUAGAACUGCAUCUGCCAAAAGUGUAGGCUUUUCUAGAGCAUACAAGAUUUCAAGGUUGCACCUAUUGAAUGUUUUGGCAUAAUUCCCAUUAGACAUGGUAUUUUUAUAGAGAAUUUAAGUUAGGAAAAGUUUUGUGAAGUGAAAGAUAGCAUUCUGGAGAGUAACAAUUAUCAACCUGCUAAGUUGAGUUGCUAUUCAUGUAGCAAAUUUACUCAUCUCAUCAAGGAUUGUCCUGUUUUACAUUAUGUUGCUGAUCAAGAGAGGGUACUUAAGAAAGAGAAUUUUCCAUUUCAAUAAGAAAGGAAUUGCAAGUAUUAAAGAAAAAGUAGAAAGAAGUAUCAUGCACUUAGAGAGUCUAAAACAAAUUAUAAAAUUGUGAAAGAUUUUCAAACCAAUUAUGCAUUAGAUAAUGUAUCUUGUGAGGAUGAGGAAUUUGAAGACUCUCAAAGUGAAUUAGCUGUCUCUCCCUAGGAGUAUUGUAACAAACAUUACUGAUAUUAGCCUCAUAAACUAAGAGUCUCUCUAGAUUGUCUAGACAACAGUCUCAAAAUAGGAGUCAAUCAUAAGACAACCAUCUUCAACCGAUUUAAGAAAGUGAUAGUUCAAAAGAUAGUGGAGGUGUGCAAAAUACAAGAGUGAAAUAAUCCAAAUAAAAAAAUCAAACUGCUGGCUUCUUUGUUUCAGAUUCAAUUAAUAAUAAGUUGGCUUCCAUCAAAGAAGAAUAACUAACUGAUUCAAUAUAAGAUAGAUAACAGUAAUCGUCCAUCAAUAUCUCAAUAUCUAAUCUUCAGAAAUUAGAAGAUUUCAGAUUUUCCUAAAUCAAUGAUCAACAUUAGUUAGCAAGUAAUGAGAAUCAGAAAUAAUUUCAUUAAAGAAAUAGUUAACUAAAGAAACAAAAGAAGUUUGAUUCUCAAAAUAACAUUCAAUCUUAAACUUAAUUAGAACUUAGAGAUAGAGGUCAAUCAUUUUCUAAUCAAAUUAGGAAAUGCCGAUUGUCAAAGGACAUGAGAGAAACCUCAUAAGAGUUUUAGUUUCCAGAUAAAAGAGAUUUAUUCAAAAAGAAGUCCUCAAAAACAAAUCUAACAAAAACUACCAAAACGUUAAGGACUUUAAAGAUCCAAGAUAAUCCCUCCCAGACUCAAAAUUAAGAAAUGUCUGCUCCUGUUUUCGAUUGCUCAUGUCCUUCUUAAUCUAUGGAGUUGGAAAAUUUUGAAUAGAUGAAAAACUUUCGGUUUUAUUUUAGUUGGAACAACCCUUGCGUGGUGGUACCCAGAGCCUUGAGGAUUCUGAAGAUGAAUAUAGACAAAAGGAAGAACUUUGGGAAUAAUUUCUCAUCGUAUACCUACAAUAAUUUGGCUAUGAACAAGGCUCUCAGAAUCAAACGAAAAUUAAAAUUAAUGUAAUUUAAAAAGUAAUUCUAUUAGCGAUGAUCCAUUUUAAGAUGAAAUCAAUACCAAGAAAUCCAAGCAUGCAUCCAGAAUUCCACGGUAAACGAGGAUUGGGAAUAAGAGAAACACUUAAUAAUCAGAUUUUGGUGGUUUGCAUCCUGAAAAAGUAUUCCAUGGAACUCAGGUCUCUGUUCAUAAGUCAAAUCUUUAUGAAUUUAAAAACAAUUGAAUCAAAUAGGCUCCAUUUAGAUUCUCCAGUAAUGG